AUGGACGCCUCACAGUCAUUCCGAUUACUACCAUACUGUUGCUUUUGCCUCUUUGAGCUCAAAGCUGGGGACAAUGCCAUCAGGCCUGUCCAUAAACCAGAAGCAUCAGUACGUGCGCCUGAUACACCCAAUACGAUCGAAUUUGAGUACCAACCAUGGGUUUUCAACCCACAAGAUCCGCAGAGCGUUCCACCUCGCAGAUGGAAACGCUCGAGGGAAGCUAUUCCGAUAGCACAUCUGGCUUGUUUCCAAGAAUGGCCUGGUGGUUUUAAGAGGCGCCCCGGCGUCGUCGGUUACCAUUUCCAACCCCCAUCCUCUGAUCUUCUCCGAAGACGAGCGUUUCUAUUCAAAGGUCUAAACUCCAAAAGUCCCAACGAUAUCAACAAGAUUGACCUUCAACAGCAAGCAAGGCUUGGUGUAAGAAGCCUGCUCGACAGACAACAAAGAAUCCCCCAAGAAGUCAUCGAUGCAAAUAGAGGUUGUGUCCAUUUUGUGGUGGAUCUUCGCCAACCUCUCUGGGGCAUUGCCAUGGUGUUCGAGGGCCUCAAGUACAUAUCACAUCUGUCGAAUACGCAAGGGGCAGAUUUUGAACGUGUACCAGCACGAAGUGAUGGUACUCUCGGUAAAGUCACUUAUGUAUCCAACCAUCUCGGCGUGGGGACCUUAUACUUGGAUGAGACCCGUCUGCCUGAUCCUAUAAAAGAAUGCGCGGGUAUCUGGUGGUCUUGCUUUGAGACCAGUGAAAGAAUGUCUUUUCUGAGAGGAUUUACUGAUGGCUUCAAGAUUCGGGACUUACAAUUAGUAGAGUCCCCGCAGGCAGCCGGCAAGCCACCCAUUAGAUGGUCGAUACCACCAACAGGUCCCGUAUGGUUCGCCGACUUGGAUGCCCGGGCUCAUGGGACUCCUCACUUCAAGCUCAUGGAUUGCGGUAGACCUGAGAUAACUGGCUACUCAGCAUGUAUGAUCGACGGGGACCUCGUGGACUUGCGUUGUCACGUUCGGAGCGAGAGUCGGGACGAAGCAUCUAUGCACUACAAAGAAGGCGGCGGUGAUCGACUACAUGCCGUAUGGCUAUACUUCCCUAUGCAAGACGACGAGCGAGUCUUUGAGAUUUGGAGGCGUCGGAAGAAACCUCAAUCAUGUCGAGAUAUUCCUAUCCUACGGACGAAUAAAGGGCGCGUGUUCGUCUUGGGAACGCACCCCAACGAUCCCCGGUCUCCUGUAAUACUCGAUCGCCUCACCUCAUUUCCUUCACCAACAAAUGCUAAAUUCUGGUAUAGCUGUCUCGAAGGCUGUGUCGACCAUCUAGCUUUCGUCACCGCAGACAGGCGGCAUGACAAGAACGAACCUUGCGCCCUAUUGGUAGGUCCCGCUGCCGUCUUGUCCUCGUCGGGAGUGGGGAACCAGUAUUUCUUUACGACGGCCAAGUUGGAGGACGUGGUUAGGGUGGUGCCAUGUCAGGCUUGGGCACCUGGAUCAACCGGAAUUGUUGGGCUUCUGUUCGUCUAUUCUGAUGAGCAUCGUGAAGCCGUGGGGCAGAUACGACUCGAUUAUCUGCUGCCCUUCAUGCCGGCUGAUCCCACAGGCGACAUGUGGCUAGGGCUUAGGCCGCUGUCUUAUGGGUUUUUGGUUGACGCGAUAAGGUUGAUACCGUCGGCUGGUAAGACGAUUUAUGGUGGGAAUUCGUCUGAAGAUGGACUGACCUGGCAUCGCGUCGAAUGGAAAGGCCGCCUAGAGUGGUUGGUUUGGUAUGGUUCUUGUUUUAUAGCUCAUCACCAGCAACCUGUGCCCCCUGGAGAUUUAGGGUCGGUACUGGAGACUCAAGGGGGUCGCGAGUGGGAAACCGAAAUAGAAGAUCGGAAGCCAAAUGUCUCCCCAUAA